AUGUCUCAACCAAAAGUCUUCGUUUGCGGUGUCACUGGCACACAAGGCGGCGCCGUUGCUCGCAAGCUUCUCUCUGAGAACGUGGCAGUAACCGCCAUCGCCCGUGAUCUCUCUUCGCCUCAAGCACAAUCUAUCGAGGCCCUUGGCGCCAAGCUCUUCCCUGGAAACUUCGAUGACACAUCUACUCUUGAACGAGCCUUGGCUGGCUGCACUGCUGCCUUUCUCAACUUCAGUCCUGACUUCAAUGACUGGACCGCUGAGCUGCGCUGGGCAAAAUCCAUCAUCGCAGCUGCACAGAAUGCAGGGGUAAAACACAUCUUAUACUCUAGUGGAUUUGCUGUGAACGCCCCCGAGAGACUCGAACAUUGGGACCCAGACAGCGUCAUGGCUAUAGUGCUGCUCUCGAAACAGAGCAUCGAGAAUGAAGUGCGUGGUGCGGGCUUCAACUACUGGACCAUACUGCGGCCAGGCAACUUCAUGGCAAACUACCUGCCGCCGAAAGUCAUCAUGUAUGGCGAUCUUCCGCGGUCAGGAAUUUGGCACACUGCUCUGCUCAAGGAGACCACACUGCCCAUGGUCGACGAGGACACCAUUGGCCACUUCACGUCUGCGGCAAUUCUUAACCCUACUAAAUUUACCGGCCAAGAGAUUGAGCUUGCCGACGAGCUCCUUCGCCCUGAACAGAUUCUUGAAAGACUCUCAGCCACCGCUGGACGACGACUGAAGGCCGAGUAUAUGUCAGAUGCCUCUAUUGAGGAGAAAAAAAGCAACCCUUUCAUUCUCGGACAGUUUGCUAUGCGUGACAUGGUUCAAUUCGUCGACAUGGAGAAGGUGCAGAGCUGGGAGGUUCCAUUGAGCUCAUUCAAUGCAUAUCUCGAGAGAAACAAAGAGUAUGUCAAGAAGACUUAUCAGCAGGCGGCAUAA